AUGUUCGGCUUUGGAAAUCCCGACAUCAACUCAUACGAGAACCAGAACCCAGAUCCAAAGCUCCCCAUAUACCCCACAAAAUCGAUCCAAGAUGCACCAUACUCAGCCGAAGAAAACUCAUUACGAUCAGCCAUAUACAUCCCAAGCGACUUCAAAUUUGGCCAAGAUGGCAAAACACCCGUGAUCCUUGUCCCGGGAACAGGCACAUACGGAGGCGAGGCAUACGAGUCCAACUUCGCCAAGCUCCUCAAAGCCAGCACCUUCGGUGACCCAGUAUGGCUCAACAUCCCCGGCCGAAUGUGCGACGAGGCACCCAAAAACGCACAAUAUGUAGCCUACGCUAUCAACUACAUUUCAAGUCGGACACAAAGACAAGUCGCCGUCGUGGGCUGGUCCCAGGGCACCCUGUCAAUACAAUGGAGCCUCAAAUACUGGCCCAGCACCCGCGACCAAGUGAGCAACUUCAUCUGUCUCUCUGCCGACUUCGCCGGUACCGUCAAUGCCUGGGCCCUUUGUCCCUUCAAUGGUACGCAGCCCGGAACACCGGCCGUGUGGCACCAAACCCGCAAUUCGAACUUCAUCGCGACCCUGCGCUCCAACGGUGGAGAUUCCGCGUACGUCCCGACAACUUCGAUCUACUCCGCUACCGACGAGGUAGUCCAGCCUCAAUCUGGAAGGGGUGCUUCUGCUUUCAUGAAAGAUGAGCGAGAUGUCGGUGUGACGAACUGCGAAUUGCAGGUGGAGGCCCGUUUCAAGCCUGCGGGCUUGGUGUAUACACAUGAGGCUGUGUUGUAUAAUCCUCUUGCUUGGGCACUGGCAGAGGAUGCGAUCAGGAAUGGUGGGCCGGGAAGAUUUGACAGAAUUGAUAUGGCCGAAGUAUGCCGGCAUACUAUGGCUCCCGGAGUGAACUUUAUCGAUGCGGCUAAGACGCAGGCUUUGCCUCUGAUGGCUUUGAAGCAUAUUCUGUUCUUUACACCUAAGCCAUGGAAUGAGCCGGCUCUUCCUCUUUAUGCUGCUCAGGGUUCGAAGACUUACGUGACAAAGAGCGCUGUUCAAACUUUGACGGUUCCGAAGGUACCUGUUGAAGUUUCUACCGUUGAGAUAAGGGCAAAUCACCAGCCAGAAAUGACCACCAUUCCACCAGUAUAA